CUUUUCCCCCAAAUCCGAUCCUUCCAUUUCCUUACUUCGGUGGGUACUGUUGAGCUUCAUUUGCUGAAAACCCUAGUCGUUUUCAUUGUCUCCGCAAUUUGAGUUGCUCCUCUGGAUUUGGUUUUUGUUUAGAUUCUUGAAUUCCGGUCGAUUAAGAUGGAUGAAGAGUACGAUGUGAUUGUGCUGGGGACAGGCCUCAAGGAGUGCAUUCUUAGCGGUGUUCUAUCUGUCGACGGCCUCAAGGUUCUGCACAUGGAUCGCAAUGACUAUUAUGGUGGUGAAUCGACUUCACUCAAUCUUAUUCAGCUGUGGAAGAGAUUCAGAGGGAGUGAUAAACCUCCGGCACAUUUGGGUUCCAGUAGAGAUUACAAUGUCGACAUGAUCCCUAAGUUUAUUAUGGCAAAUGGCACCCUUGUUCGAGUCCUCAUUCAUACAGAUGUUACCAAAUACUUAUAUUUUAAAGCUGUUGAUGGAAGCUUUGUCUUCAACAAAGGGAAGAUUCACAAAGUACCUGCAACUGACAUGGAGGCUCUAAAAUCACCUCUCAUGGGAAUCUUUGAAAAGAGACGUGCCCGCAAAUUUUUCAUUUAUGUCCAAGACUACAAUGAAAAUGAACCUAAAACACACGAAGGAAUGGAUUUGACUAGAGUUACUACAAGGGAACUCAUUGCGAAGUAUGGACUUGAUGAAAAUACUGUGGAUUUUAUCGGUCAUGCGUUGGCUCUCCACAGUGAUGAUCGUUACCUAGAUGAGCCAGCAUUGGAUACUGUGAAAAGGAUGAAGCUUUAUGCAGAGUCUUUGUUACGCUUUGCUGGAGGAUCACCAUACAUUUAUCCUUUGUAUGGCCUCGGAGAGCUUCCCCAGGCGUUUGCUCGUCUAAGUGCUGUUUACGGGGGAACUUACAUGUUGAAUAAGCCUGAGUGCAAGGUAGAGUUUAAUGAGGAAGGCAAGGUGUGUGGUGUCACAUCAGAAGGGGAAACAGCUAAGUGCAAAAAAGUUGUUUGCGAUCCUUCCUACCUUCCCAAUAAGGUUCGGAAGGUUGGUAAAGUCGCUCGUGCUAUUGCAAUUAUGAGCCACCCGAUUCCUAAUACCAAUGAUUCUCAUUCAGCACAAGUUAUUCUGCCUCAGAAGCAGUUGGGCCGCAAGUCAGACAUGUAUUUAUUUUGUUGCUCAUAUUCCCACAAUGUUGCUCCGAAAGGGAAAUAUAUUGCAUUCGUCUCAACUGACGCAGAAACUGAUAACCCUGAGACAGAACUGAAACCAGGUAUCGAUCUACUUGGACCUGUGGAUGAGAUUUUCUUCGAGACUUAUGACAGAUACGAACCGGUCAACGAGCCUUCUCUGGACAACUGCUUUAUAUCAACAAGCUACGACGCCACAACCCAUUUCGAGUCCACUGUUGUGGAUGUGCUGAAUAUGUACACACAAAUCACUGGAAAGGUUCUUGAUCUUAAUGUCGACUUGAGUGCUGCCAGCGCGGCUGAAGAGUAAGAAAGCUUUGUGAAACACAAGGUAUGUGCCCGGUGUUGUGUAUCUGCGCCCCGACUGUUGUUUCUGAGCAGAAACAACAAUGAAAAGAAGCAAACUUUGUGACAUUUGAAUCUUUCUUUCGUUUGUUCGGGCAGGCGAACUCGGCUUUUCGAGUUAAGUUGAGUUGAGUAUGGAGCUUGUUUGUGUGUUAGUUUGUUUAUGUUCUAAAUAUCUAUUUACUCCGCGUGCUGCAAACCCAAUUUAAUUUAAUUUAAGAAGUCUUUACAGAUAUGUUUUUGUGUUAAAAAGAAUUGUCUUGAGCUGAA